AUGGAAGUGCAGGUGAGACGACAGAAGCUCAAUGCUACAUUGCUAAUUGCUAACAGAACAGAAAUAUCUGUAAAAACUAAAAGGCAUCCUUCUGGAUUUCAUGAACAUGAAGAAGGGGAAUCAUGUGAAUCUGAGGAAGAGAAUGAAAAGCAUUCAUCUGAAUCUGAUAAAGAAAAUGACAAGCACCCUCCUGCAUCUCAAGAACAUGAAGAAGGGGAGUCAUGUGAAUCGGAUGAAGAGAAUGAAAGGCAUCCACCUAAACCUGACAAAGGAAGCCAUUCAUCUGAAUCUGAUGAAAAGCAUGGAAGCCAUUCAUCUGAAUCUGAUGAAGAGAAUGGCAGGCGUCCAUCUAAACCUGAUAAAGUCAAGCAUCCGCCUAAACCUACUAAAGACAUCUUCUAUCUCUUGGCUGUGACCUCCCGAACAGUAGGGGGCACCACUGAGACGUUAUGCAUCACGGUCAACCCAUCAGGACCCGUUUCACUGAAUGUAAACCUGGAAUAUAACCAAAACCGUGUCCCUCUUCUGGCUGAAAAGUCUAUUAAACAAGACUACUACCACUGCAUCCCAUUCCAGGUUCCUGUUGUGACUGCGGAAUUGGUGGCAUCUAUAACAAUUCAGAUUAAAGGGUCAAAAAUACUCCUGAGCAAAGCAACAAAAAUCCUAAUCACUCCUCCAAGACAACUGACCAUCAUUCAGACGGACAAACCCAUCUACAAGCCAGGACAAAUAGUGAAGUUCCGCAUCGCCUCUCUGGACACCAAUUUCCUGACCUACAAACAGACGUUUCCAACAAUAGCUGUGCAGGACCCGAACUCAAACCGCAUUGGUCAGUGGCUGAAUGUCCCCACGUCCAGCGGUCUGGUGGAUCUGUCAUAUCCCAUAAACUCUGAGGCCACAAAAGGAGUUUAUGUCAUCACUGUCUGGGACAAGAAAAACAAUCAGCUCACGCAAACCUUCGAAGUCAAGGACUACGUUCUGCCGACAUUUGAAGUUACAGUAGAGCUUCCUCCAGUCAUAACCAUCCUGGACACUAAUGCCACACUGAAAGUCUGUGCAAAAUAUACAUACGGGAAGCCAGUGAAAGGGACGGUGAAGGCAAGAGUCUGCCAUAAAAGCUACAAAUACAAGCGGCCAAUAGGGGUCAUAACACCACCGGACAUCUGCAAGAAUUACACAUUGAAGACUGACAAGACAGGUUGUGGACUACAAAUCAUAGAUCUGACAGAAUAUGCAUUAGGUGAUUCACGCUAUGAAGCUUCAAUCAUAGUUCAGAGUGAAGUGGAAGAAGACAGCACUGGUGUGAUUCUGACUGGGUCAGGAAGUUCUCCUAUAACAUCUAAUAUCGUCAGACUUUCAUUUGAGGAUUCACCAGCAAUGUUUAAGCCCAGAAUGGCAUAUGACGGAAGGAUUAAAGCAACUGGCCCAAACUCGAGUCCAGUGAAAAGAAAAGUAGUGUAUCUGACUAUAAGUUACGCAGAUAAAAAUUCUGUACGGAAGCUGGUUACAAAUGACAAAGGUAUUGCAAAAUUUACCCUCGACACUCAACCAUGGGGUCUAAAUCAAGUCACUCUACAGGCACAAUAUGAAACAACCAACAGACCUGUUAUAAGCACGAAAAAUCAGUUUGCACCACAGUACCCCACAGCUUUCCUCAGACUUCAGCCUUUCUACUCGAAGAGCCAGAGUUUCAUAAAAUUAAGGAGUUGCUCAACACCUUUAAGCUGUAAUAAAAAAGCCAUAGUCAGGGCCCAAUACAGGAUACACAACAGCGCACUCUCACCACGCCAGAAGACCAUAACCUUCUUCUAUAUGGUGAUGAAUAAAGGACAUUUGGUUCAGCAAGGACGUAUCACAGAAGCCAUCAAGCCUGGAACAGCAGUGCACAAGGGCAACCUGGUGGUGACUCUGCAGCAUUUGAUAAAGUUGUCCCCAGUCGCUCAGGUGGUCUUGUACACAGUCCUUCCCAGUGGCGAGGCCGUGGCAGACAGCAUAAACCUCCCUGUUCAGCCGUGUUUGGCAAAUAAGGUGUCUCUAAAGUUUUCACCUUCUAAGGAGCUUCCUGGUGACGAGGCGUCACUGAAGCUGAAAGCUGCUCCAGGUUCCCUGUGUUCAGUGAAGGCCAUAGAUCAGAGUCUGCUGCUGCUGCAACCAGAGAAGGAGCUCAACAUCCAAUCUGUGUUUGACAUGCUGCCUGUAAAAGCCUUAUCAGGAUAUCCGUACAACAUCAACGAAGAGGAUCUGAACCCAUGCCAAUGGGGACCACCGAUUGGGAUUUUCCCAUUGGCACCCCAAGCGCGAAAGAUUGGUUUUUUCCCGAACUUUGGAAAGGUGGAUGUGUACAGCACCUUUAAAGAUAUAGGAAUUAAAGUCCUCACCAAUGCAUAUGUAAAGAAACCUGUUGAAUGUGUGAACAAUGUGAAGCGUGUUACAGAAUUGCAAGCUUCCAAGGAAGCACCAGAUGUCCGAGAAAAAGGAACCACUUCAGUUGACUCAAGUUCCAGUGAAGUUUCUCAACCAGUUAUUACAAUCCGCAAAUUUUUCCCAGAGACGUGGAUUUGGGAUCUUGUUUCAGUCAGUCAGUCUGGAGUGACAACCCUUAAUAAAACAGUCCCAGACUCCAUCACUACAUGGCAGGCUGGCGCAUUUUGUACAUCACCUGUCGGGUUCGGAGUCGCCCCGAAAACCGAGCUUAUUGCCUUCCAGCCUUUCUUUGUGAGUCUCACCAUGCCCAGCUCCGUCAUCCGAGGAGAAGUGUUCACACUCAAAGCCACCGUCUUCAACUACCUCCAGAGCUGCAUGAUGGUGGAGGUGACGUUGGCCGACUCACAACAGUUCUCAGCACAAGAGUGUAAAGACUGCAGUUACACAACAUGUCUGUGUGCUGAUGAGAGCUGGACCGUGUCCUGGACCAUCACACCACUGGUUCUAGGUGAGGUGAGCUUUAAUGUGACAGCGGAGGCCGUGCAGUCGUCGACUCUGUGUGGGAAGAAUGUAGUUACUGUACCUGAGAAAGGACGAAUCGAUUCAGUCAUUAAAACACUGCUAGUGCUGGCUGAAGGAACCAAACAGUAUAAAAGCUACAAUGAGCUUCUCUGUCCAUCAGAAGAUGCCAUUGAGAAGACAGUCUCACUAACCCUGCCUGAGGUGUUUGUCGAAGGUUCAGCCGUAGCCUCAGUCUCUGUUCUGGGAGAUCUGAUGGGUCGAGCUCUACAGAACCUGGAGAGUCUCCUGGCGAUGCCGUACGGCUGUGGAGAGCAGAACAUGCUGCGAUUCGCACCAAACAUCUUCAUCCUGCAGUACCUGGAGAGCACCAAUCAGCUCACACCCCAGAUCUUAAGCACAGCUCAGACCUACCUCAUAACUGGAUAUCAGAGAGAGCUGACCUACAAACACAAUGAUGGAUCUUACAGUGCUUUUGGGAUGAGUGAUCCAUCAGGAAACACAUGGCUGACGGCGUUCGUAAUGAAGUCUUUUGGAAAAGCGAAGAGAUAUAUCUUUGUGGAUCAGGUGUUUGUGGAUCAGGCAAAGAACUGGCUCGGUCAACGGCAGCAGGCUAACGGAUGUUUUGCCUCAGUGGGACAACUUUUCCAUCUUGACAUGAAGGGAGGAGUGAAUGAUGAGGUGACCCUCACGGCGUACAUCACGGCUGCGAUGCUGGAACUCAAUUAUACAGUUACUGAUCCUGUGGUGGGAAACAGUCUUACAUGCCUGAGGAAUGCGUACACUCAGGUGAACUCCACUUAUGCUAAGGCUCUCCUCUUCUACACCUUCACCCUAGCUGGGGAUCAGCAGAUGAGGAACACACUCAUCUCAGACCUGGAUGAAGUGGCCAUUAUCUCAGGGGGUGGACGGCACUGGAGCAGAGUGAGUGAUGGGUCAGUGACAGACUCUUUGGAGGUGGAGAUGACCUCAUAUGUGCUUCUGGCUCUGAUGUCUGGUCCCCAACUCUACGGGUUUGGUCUGGGUUACAGCAUCAGCAUCGUCCAAUGGCUUACUAAGCAACAAAAUUCCUUUGGGGGUUUCGCAUCUACACAGGACACUGUAGUCGCUCUCCAGGCUUUGGCAAAAUACAGCUUUGCCACCUACAGUCCAGCAGGAUCCGUAACCGUUACUAUAACAUCACCAUCUGGGCUUAUUAUCACCUUCACCAUUAAUCAGAGUAACAGGCUGCUGUAUCAGGACAGUGAUCUGCAGGAGGUUCCGGGAGUUUACAGCAUCAAGGCAGAAGGGAAAGGCUGUGUGUAUGUUCAGUUUAAUUUGCGCUACAACAUCCCUCCUCCUCCUGACGACUCUUCAUUCACCAUCUCGGCCUCAGCGUCUGGAAACUGCAGAGUCCCAGUUAUAAUUUUGAAAGUAACCAUUACUGUCAUCUAUAAUGGCCAACGUUUGGUGACCAACAUGGUGGUCAUUGAAGUCAGGCCUCUUUCUGGAUUCAGGGUGGACGCAACGUCUGUGCAGCUUGUGAACGGCAAUUCAAAUGCAAAUGACGGAGUUGUGAAACGUGUGGAUCAAAUUGAAGGCAAAGCAAUCAUCUACCUGAAUAAACUCAUAAAUGGAGAGGAGAAGGUGUACACCUUGAUGAUCAUACAGGAUCUUUCAGUGCAGAACCUGAAACCAGCUGUUGUGAAGGUUUAUGACUACUACAACACCGGUGAGAGAGCUACAACAGAGUACACCUCUCCGUGUCCAUUUCAGUGAGAGUUUGUACUUGAUCUCAGCAAGAGCCCAGCAUGAGCUUUUGUUUUCCAUUAUAGUUAUUUUUAUGGGGCUUACAGCUGCCAACAUUUCAAAACCUUUUCAUUUCAGAAAUGUUCAGUAACUAUUAAUUAAUGGUGUGUUUGAUUUUUUUUCUCUUCUCUUGUCAUUAUGCUCAACAUACAUAAUCAAGAUAUAUCUGAUGUUAAUAAAGGUGCAUAUUUCUCCUUAAUAUGUAUUAAUAUCAGUAAAAUAACUUUGUUCUGAUGAAUGUGGAAGAUGACAAAUUACCAAAUAUAACUGCGUAAAUAAACUAUACAUGAUUUAUUUGCUUUAAAUGAUCAAAUAAUAUACUGUAAAUCUAGCGUUUACAUUGGAAAUCCAUUUAUUUCCAUGAGGUACAUUUUAUCCUAUAUUAUUUCGAUUUUUUUAACAUUGGAACAUGUCUAAACACAAAAACCUGAGUAAUCGUAUUUAGCUUCUCUGUACUUGUUAAUUUUCUCCACAAGGUUGUAGAGUUUUAACUACCCUGCAGAUUUACAUUCCUCUCAA